CAACAGUAGUAGAGCACAAAGCUCUGAACCAUCUUCCCUUCUCCCUCCAUAUAUGUGCUGCUCUUGAACAACAAAUCCAUGCCAAACUCCAGUCGAAGUAGCACUAGGCUCUGCACAAGCCAAACUCCUGUCCGGCCGCGAAGUGAGUGAGAUGGCUCGGCGCCACGGCGGCCGCCGCCCAUCUCUCGUCCGCAUCGCCCUCCUGCUCCUCGCCGGUCUCGCCGCCGCCGUGGUAGUGUCCACCUUGCAUUCAGCGGCGGCUCCAGAGGACGCGGAGAUCCGGAUCAGCGUGCACUACCCCACCGAGGAGGAGUCUCGGUGGCUGCACCGCUGGGCGGAGAAGUACCGCGCCAAAGAUGCCGGCUCCGGCUUCUCUGUCGAGCCGGCCACCGACGAGGAGUCGGCGUACCUGAACCGCAUCUUCUCCAAGGGCAAGAAUGGCUUCGACGGCCGCAUCGAGUUCGACGACAACGAUCGUCCUAGAAUUGUGGUUGACAACAACUACUCUGACUCUGAGCCUCGCUCGUCUGGGCCCAAUUCGGACGAUGAUCCGGAGAACAAGAAUGACGCCAUGGAGCUCUAGGAACAUCAAAACCUAACUGUGUGAUCGACGGAAUAAUGGAGCUUGGCGGCGAGGGAGCUGAUUUCGUGUCAUGUAACCUGUGUUCUAGUAGCUUGCUGUGGAGUCCCAGCUAGUAGGGUUUGUCUUGAGACUUGGGAGAGUUUAAACAAGUGAUUGUCUCUGGUAACUUAGUGUGUGAUUCGGCGCUGCAUGGUUGUGGCGACCUUGGGACCAA